AUGCAGGCCCGUCCGUUAUUUUCCAACUCGAUCUCUCAAAUGAACAAUCCAAACAGUCUCCAACCUCCCUUCACAAACUUAUACCUAACAUCGGGCCAAGUGUCCCAGUAUGAUACGCAAUACUCCUCCUGGCUUCCUACCGAUCAGACCGUCUCGUCUGUCGGACAGGCUAUUGCACCCGUACAGGUGCAAUACAAGUCAGAUCAAACAGCAACAUAUGUUACCCCACAGAGCUUGAACGUAGACGGUGUCAGUAUGACUGGAGCUGCAAACGGGAAUAUAGUUGCUGAUUUGAGUGGAAAUAUCGAUACAAAAGUUGGAAAUCAAGUUUCAGCAAUGGCGAAUGCAAAUAUUAAUAGGUCGAUUGAACACGAAUAUACGCAGAGAUGUGUACAAGCGUUACUCGACGUAAACAAAGAGAUAAUUCGUAUAUUAAUAGAAUAUCAAGAACACAGUUGGGUAAAUGAAAACGAGUUUACGCUAUACAAGAUGCGACUCCAAUCGAACCUUUCAUAUUUGGCAACUGUGGCCGAUCAGUAUAGCCAUCCACAGGGAGGUGCAAAAACAAAAACCGAGCCCGAUUUUAGUUUAUUGCCACAAUCAAAAUCAGCCAAUCCUUUGAGAUUGAACGCACUCCUGCAGAGAGCUGCUCAAAUAUAUGCACAAUUUAAAUCAAUUCAGAAUACAGCUGGUCCUUCGGUUCCGUCAAGCAAUCCGCCCCCUGAAACGACAAGUGACCCAUCGUCACUACAACAAUUUAAAGUGACAAAUGGUCAACACAACGGAGCUGGUAUGUCACAACCGCAACAUUCACAACCACAGCAUUCACAACAGCAACAGCUAGACGUACAUACGCCGCCUCCUCCGCAACACCUCUCUCCUCAACCACAUCUCUCUCCACAGCAUCUCCCUGCACAACAACAGCAGCAACUGUCUCCAUCACAAUCAACGCAGCGAAUCCAAUCUCUACAGCAAUCACUUCUCCCCACGAUGAUGUCUGCCAACUUCACCUCUCCAUCUGUAGUUAAUUCCAUUAUUCCCGAUUAUACAGCGAUGACCACUGUCGCCGCUGAUAAUUCAUACCAAGGGCUGCCUUCUCUUGUCGGAAUGAACAACAUUCCAUCAUUCACAUCAUCCAACACACAAGUGCAAAACAUGGCUUUUCCGUCAUUGUUGGGGAUUAACGACACAUUUAAUGCCCAGCAGUUGCAGCAGUUGCAAAAUAUGGGAUUUAAUGGGUAUAUCGGAGGAAAUAAUAGCAUUUCUGGAAAUGGCUUUGUGAAUCCUGCCAAUGUUUAUGGAGUCAUGAGAUACGGUAACAAUGGAUUUGGUAAUGGACUGAUGGCCAAUAACGCAAUGGCUGGUGGAACAGUUACUAAUUUGAAUGGCAAUGGUAUCAUUCAGAAUAUAGGAAAUGGCGGAAACGCGUUGGGUAAUGGGUUAGGGUUGCAAGGGAUGAUUAAUCAAGAUGGGAGCGUCUAG